AUGGAUGCCAACAUGCGCGAGAAUCUCUGGCCCAGAGCCCAGCGGUUUUCCACCUGGGCAGGCGGCCCUCGAACCAUGAAAGCAGGAUACUUCCCAGGCGCGGCAAUGAUGCAAGACUUCAAGCCGAUGCAGCAAAUAUGCGCCCAUUUAAUGCAUUCCACGAACGAUCCAACCGGGGCCCGCUGCGUCGAGGCGAACCACUAUUGCACACAUCUCACAAACAACGUCCGUCAAUGUUUGAUCUACGACUCACCCAAUAAAUGCCCGGCUCAUUGGCGUUGA